AUGUCUCCGCCGAUGCCAUUGCACAAAUCCGCGACUUCAAGUUCCCUCCGGCCCAUCUUGGCCGUCUUCUCCGCACUUACUCUGGCCCCUCCACCCCCUGCCCUCUCCCUUGUGUUGGGGGUCAAUGGUCUACUCGAGGUUUCACCCCCGCCGCUGCCAACUGGCGCCUCCGCUCUGCUCCGGGAGGUGCCAGACGUUCUCGUCUUUGCGGAAUGCUGGGCGGUAUUCACGGCCAUUCUCCAGAAUGAGCACCUGGAGCUUCCGGUGACUCAAGGCCUCAACAUCUACCUCUGCAACGUUAUCACCAUCGCGAAGGCCUACUCGUGGGCUUCCGUUCUCGACUACCAUGUCGCCUUCGUGCAGAAACGAAUGGCAGACCCCUUCUUCAACCCUGUCCUCUGGGCGGAGAGCGACCCCCACCUUCACACUUCCCACCUGCUGGCCCCCAGCCUUCUUGCCAUUCCCGUUCCCAUCGCAACCCCUUCUGCCUCUUCCUCCCCGACAGCAGCAGCGCCAGCUCGUGCCCGGCCAGCAGGCGCUGCAGCGGAGAUUUGCUUCCGGUACAACAAUUCGGGUUGCAAUGGCGAAUCGGUUGGGUGUCUCCGCCGUCAUGUCUGCGGGAAAUGUGGUGGCUUGCACCCUCAGCCCCUCUGUACAGUGCCUCAGCCUGCAGCGGGAGUAGGGGGUGACACUGCCUGA